AUGAGCGACAAGGCUGCUAUUUAUUCCAUCAUCUGGGCGUGUGUCUCAUCAUGGUAUUAUGGGUAUCAUCUGUCCGAAUUGAACUUCCCUGUAGAUUCACUCACAUGUAUAACGCCCGCCUAUCCUCCACUCUCAAGAUUACCCCUAUGUCUGAACCUAGAUGCGACGUUGUACAGCGUGGUGACGGCUAUCUUCACUGUUGGGGGACUGAUAGGAAGCUUAGCGAGCUCGUGGAUCGUUGAGAAAGAGGGGAUCAAAGGUGGCAUAGCUUUAACAGGUUAUCUAAAUUUGAUGGGAGUAUUAGGAAUGGGUAUAGCACCUCAUUGGAUCUUACUUGCUCUAGGAAGAUUACUUGUAGGGAUAUCAUCAGGUAUAGCAAUAUGUUUGGUCCCACCAUACCUUUCUAUGAUAGCUCGAUCAUCACCCGAAUUAGCAGCAAAAUCAGGUCAAAUAGGGUCCAUGAAUCAAUUAGCUAUUGUAUUAGGUAUCUUCUCAGCUCAAUUUGCGGGACUUAUUUUAACUGGAAGUAAAGGAAACGUUCCUGGAAGUUGGAGAUAUGUCGUUGCGAUCUCAGGAAUAGUAGCUGCUGUACAGAUCGUUACUGCAGGACAGAUCGUCGCUCCUAAUGAGAAACCCGCAGAUGUCGUUCCGAACUCUGAAGGUGGGGACGUGGAAGAAGGUGACGUGACAAGAACCAGAGAGACAGAUGAAGCAGCUUCACCUCUCUUGCCAUCUUCAUCUACAUCUUCAUCUACCUCUUCAGUCAACCCAUCCGAGCAGCUCACCCUUCAUUCCAUACUUGGUAACCGGACACUCAAAGGUCCAGCAAUAUUAGUAGCUACGUUCAUGGCAAUCCAACAGCUAUCAGGGGUCAACGCUGUGGUAUUUUAUUCUACUCCUGUACUCAAACCGAUAUUACCCGCUUCAGCUGGAAUGAUGAGUAUAGGUAUCACAGUCGUCAAUGCUGUAAUGACUUUACCAGCUAUAUUCUUGAUGGACCGCUUGGGAAGAAAGACUUUGUUACUAGCUUCGAUAGCUGGAAUGGCAAUCACAAGUACUCUCUUGGCUAUAGGUCUUGAUAGUGGACAUCAAACGUUAUCAGCAGUCUCAAUAGUCACUUUCAUCGCUUCAUUCUCUAUCGGAUUAGGUCCAGUUCCGUUUUUGUUGGUUUCAGAACUUGUACCUUCUCCAGCUAUACCGGCAGUUUCAUGUUUGGCGGUGUCGACCAAUUGGAUAACCAACUUCCUCAUAGCACUCUUGUUCUUACCUCUUCGAGACUUCUUAUCCACUCCAGUGGAUCCAAGAGAUCCCAUAAGUGAUAGAAAAGGAGAGGGAAGAGUUUUCUACGUAUUCACAGGCAUAUUGAUAUUUGGUGGUCUGUUGGUUAUCAGAGGUCUGAAGAAUGGGAAGUAG